AUGGGGAGACGAAAUGUCGUUCGUGUCAAUCUCAGAGAUGGUGCUGCGGUUCGGCAGAAAGACUCUAAUGUCGCCGAGCCUGCGGAGAAAAGACAGAAAAUAACUCACGAUUUUUUUCCAUCUAAGCCGUCAACACCGCUCUUGAGUGACAAAGACAAAACAGAAUCCUCAGCCGCGGGUGGUUCCAGAAUGGUUGAGAAGUCGUUGGGCUCGGCUGGGCCGGUUGGUGUUCCUGAAUUUGCCCCAUCUUAUGCCCUUGCCGAGGGUAGGGUCGUCAAUGUUGAAGACUCGGUGAAGAUGGAGCCAGGAUUAGCCGUUGCCGUGCUUCAAGGGCUGGCUCUUCCUCGUGAUAUGCAGAAGGUACCCGAUGACCUUCAACCGAGCUUGGUGCACGCAAGUGCUUAUUUAGUUCAGGCUGGUCAAGCUCUUCUGCGUGCUUCGAAUAAAGCCGAGCUUGUUUCAGCAGAAAGGUCUCGAUAUCGUGAAGACCUUAAGACCGAACGAGACAAGGUGAAAACUUUGAAGUCCAACUUGAAGGUUGCCAAAGCUCAUGCGGCCGAGCUCGAGGCUGAGAAGGUGGAAUUGGAGGAGAGAGCUAAGAAAGCCGAGCGUGAACUGGGUAAAGUUCUCAGGAGGGAGAAGAGAAAGAUGAAGGAAGUAGAUGGGAAAGCUUAUCAGGCCGGGUUUGACCGGGCGGGUGCCGAGUAUGUGAGGGAAGCCCGUUCCAUGGUUAAUGAUGAGGUCAAGUCGAGAGUUCCAAUUGCCUACCGAACGGGGUAUAAGGACGGUGUGAAGGCCGCGUGUGCUGUUAUGCAGCUGGAGCCGGACUUGAAUUUGACGAAGUCGAUUCCUGCACCUGUCACACCCGAGCUUGUGCUACCGUAUACCGAGGAGGAAUGCGCACCUCUCCCUCCUGAAGAUUUUCCCGACAGUGACGAUGAUGUAGAAGAGGUUUCUGGUGAUGAAGGUGAAACAAGGGCUACCCCACAAACUGCUGUUGGUGCCGGCGGCCAAGUUGAUGACGGUUCUAAGAAAACUGUUGAUGGUGAUGGCGCUGAUGGUGAGCAACAGAAUGUCGAAGGGAAUGCCGAGGCUGGAACUGGAGCUGAUUUUGUCGAGGCUGCUGGAGAUGCUGCUUAAGUUUAAAUAGGGUCAUUGCUUACUUUCAUAUUUUCUGUUGUAAUUGCUCAUUGUGGUUUUUCCUUAUUUGGCCGAGGCUGCUUGAUCCGAGCUAGGAUUCUUCCGUGUCGUAUGUAACUAGGUUUAUGUAAAGCUGAACUCGAAUGAAAGGAUUUUGUAAUGUUUUCAACCUUAUGAGUUGUCUGCAACACUUGUUUCUCUCCUUUUUGAAUGAUGACUUCUGUGUUUGCAAUGUAUUGUCAGACAUGUUCUUGCUUGUUCGUAUCUGUUUUGGGAUUUGUGGUUGACCGUAGCCCCUACUUUGGUGUAUGUAGCCCCCACUUUGGUCUAUGUCCGGCUGAAGCAUAUGGAUGUUGGCUGUGGAUUUGCCGAGCUUAGAACAAAGUAGUGUAGGAGAAUUGUGGAGAGUCUGCCGAGCAUAGUAUUGUGUUCGGCAAUUUUGUGGCCAUCGGUUUGAGUGUUGUUACUUGUGUUUUGUUAUUCUUUUGGUCAUCUUUGCUUACAUGACAUAUAUCCGUGGCCUCCGUAUGGAUCUAUGUACGGCUGGAGCGUAUGGAUAUUCUCUCGUUGUUGUAGUUGAUAGCUAUAGAUUUGCUGAGCCUGGACCAAAAUUUAGUGGAAGUAUGAGAGACUGCCGAGCAUGUAGUUCUGCUUGGUCUUUUAUGUUAGUCUUUUAAAGUGUAUUGAGUGGUGGGGCUUUGUCGAGGUGCAAGCCCCUAGCUAAGUUGGUUGAGUGAUAUGUUUGUGGGUGGUUUGCUCACCAAAAUGCGAGUGUAACCAGGCUUUGGCCGACCUUAGAGUCUUGCCGAGCCGAACCGGAACCAGACUGUUUUGGUUGGCUCGGUGGACCUGAUGUCCGUUGUGCUUCUUUUGGGCAGUAAUAUUGGCCGAAGCGGAGGCAUAGUAGCCGUUUGUGGGUGUGACCGAGGUCAUCGUUUGUGGUCGGCAAGUUUUGCCGAAGAAAAGCACAGAACAAAAAAAAAUUUUUUUUUUUUUUUUUUUUUUUUUUUUUUUUUUUUUUUUUUUGAAGUUUGCAAAUGACAACUGUAAGACAAUUUUUCUUUGAUUUCCCAAACAUGGAAGUACAAGUUGAAAUAAAAAU